AUGGACACAAAUUGCAACACCGAUGCUACCGAAAAAAUAGAUGAUGCGACACCAGAAGAACAAAUGCACAGCUCAGAAGACACUGAAGGUGAUGACGAGGCAGCACAAUUAUUUUUGACCAUGUUUACACAUUCAUCAGAAGGUAAUCAAGCAAAUAACGCAAAUGACGGUGUUGAUUUAACAUCCACUUUUGUUGCUCCAGAAGCAAAAACAAUCAAAGAGAGUGAAUUCAAAUACCACACAUUUGAUUCAUUUACAAUUCCAAGUCAUAUCCAAUCAAUUGAAAAAUAUGCUUUCAAUUUUUGCACAAAUUUAAAAAGCAUUGUUAUUCCAGACUCGGUGACCUCAAUUGGCGAAUACGCUUUCAACCAAUGUCCGCUGACUUCCAUUGUAAUUUCCAAAAACAUGACUUCGUUAUCCGAUGGCGUGUUUUGUGGAAACAAACUUGUUUAG